CAACGCUCCAAAUCAGAACCUUGGCGAUCCGAACGUUCUGUCCGCCCUUCCGAAGCGGCGCGCGCAACCAUGGCGGUCAAGAUCAAGGUGGUUUAUUGCGGAGCCUGAGGCUACAAACCCAAGUUUCUACAGCUCAAGAAGGAACUCGAAAAGGAGUUUCUGGGCAAGCUGGAAAUUAGCGGCGAAGGGACUCCACAAGUCACAGGAUGGUUUGAAGUGAUAGUAGCUGGGAAGACGGUGCACUCCAAAAAGAACGGAGAUGGCUUUGUGGAUGACGAUGUCAAACUCAACAAGAUAAUUAAGGCUAUCAAAGCAAAUUUGGCAUGAAGACCUCUUUAGGCCUGGGCUAGCAGUUCAAAAUGCAACAGAGCUCAAGAAAAAAUCUGUUUUGUUCAUCUUGGCGAAUCGCUCAAUGACGGGAGCUGCUGAAAUGUUGCUUGACACCUGGCAGUUCCCUGAAAACUUUGCGCUGGAUGCCAACCUGAUCAAGGCUGGAUGGAAAAACUUGGGCUCCAAUUCAGUGCUUGGGUGUGAAUUAAGUCUGCAACUCCUAACAUACUUGCUUUCUGUUUUCAUUGUGUGCUGCAUGGAAAUACAGCUUUCUUUAUGUUUUUUUUUAAAUACUUGCAUUAUUGACCAGUAAUUGUGAAAAAGGAGAAAAAUAGGAAGAGUGGGAGAUUCAUCAAAUGUUUGCUUUCGUCGUAUCCAAACACUUCCAAUAGAUGAUGAAACCAGAUGCAAAAAACCCCAUUGUCUCGAACAACAAUUUUAGAAUCCUAAAACAUCUUAACUUGAAAAUGUGCAUUCUUCUUUCUUUCUUUCCUGCUGCUCCUCACUUCCCCACUGCAGGAUUGUGUGCUUUAUUAUACCCACUUCUGACUUCUUUGCUCAAACAUUGUCAAAUGCACUGAACAUUUAAUAAAAUGUUACUUCCAAGA